AUGUACAGCAUCAUGAUGGAAACGGACUUACAUUCCCCCGUCAUGCCCCAGACCAACCCAGCCAACCCGGGGGGACACGCGGGAGGAGGAGGCGGGGGGACGGGAGGCAAAAUCCCCCAGGAGAGGAUCAAGAGACCCAUGAACGCCUUCAUGGUCUGGUCCCGGGGCCAGCGGCGGAAAAUGGCUCAGGAGAAUCCCAAGAUGCACAACUCAGAGAUCAGUAAGCGUCUGGGCGCAGAGUGGAAGGUGAUGACGGAGGCGGAGAAGAGGCCGUUCAUCGACGAGGCGAAGCGGCUCCGGGCCAUGCACAUGAAGGAGCACCCGGACUACAAGUACCGGCCGCGGAGGAAGACCAAGACCCUGCUGAAGAAGGACAAGUACUCGCUGGCCGGCGGGCUCCUCGGCUCCUCCGCGGGUGUGGGGAUGGGCGGCGGGCAGCGGCUGGAGAGCCCCGGGGGAGGCCACGUAGGGGCCAACGCGGGCUACGCGACGCACGUCAACGGAUGGGCCAACGGCGCGUACUCGGGCCAAGUGGCGGCGGCGGCUGCGGCGGCGCACGCGAUGAUGCAGGAGGCGCAGCUGGCGUACACGCAACACCCGGGAACCGGAGCUCACCCGCACCACCCGCACCCCCACCACCACCCGCACCACCACCCGCACAACCCGCAGCCCGUGCACAGGUACGACAUGAGCGCCUUAUCUUACAGCCCCAUCUCAAACUCUCAGAGCUACAUGAGCGCCUCUCCGCCCGGCUACGGCGGCAUCACCGGCUACACUCACCAGCACCAAAGCUCCGGUGUCUCUCCGGUGUCCGGGGCGAUCGGAGGGACUUUGGGGUCUCUGGUGAAAUCUGAGCCCAACGUCAGCCCCCCGGUUUCCACGGCGCGCGCCCCGCCGCCCUGCUCCACGGGGGACCUGCGGGACAUGAUCAGCAUGUAUCUGCCGACCGGAGAGGCGGCCGGGGACUCCUCCGUUCAGAGCAGACUGCACGUGCUCCACCCGCAGCACUACCAGAGCAGCGGCUCCACUCCGGUAAACGGGACGGUCCCUCUGACUCAUAUUUAA